CAGGAUAUUGCGCGACCCUGACAGUGAGCGACCCUGCUAGCGGUUUACUUGGACAUUCGGCUUUGUUGUGACUAGAACUGAUAUUUCCAUGCCCUACUACUAAAGUAGUCCUACUUCUAAAAUGGGUAUCACAACAUCUCUGGCAAAGAAUGGGCGUCGCUAUGCGGCUGACAAGGUGUACACCCCAAUGCCAAUUGAACUCAGAAAACCUGUUGGCUGUCCUGUGGCUUCUUUCAAGGCAAUGCCACCGCUGAAAGGAAAACACUUCAUUAUGCCAACAGGUGAAACCAUGACUUGGAUAGUUGACUGUCAGUUUGUUCCAUACAAUGAUUGUACAGUGGCGACUAGUGUAGCAGCAUACUUACCCCGGCCAGGUCGGAUGCCAACAGUUGCAAAUAGAUUUGUGAAUGGUCUGCUCUGUAUUUGGAGGCUUAGAAGAAGAAUGAAAUGCGAAAUAAUCAAGGGUUCUUCAACAAAUGCUGCCGUGCCACGAGUCCAUCCUCAUCCCAAUGGCGAGUACAUAUGUUACAUUGGCCCUGGAAAUAUCAUUCUGAUGGACAUUCAGACACUAGAAAAGGCUGUCAAGAACAAAGAUUCUCAGUUUGCUUCUUACAAAUACUUAGCUGUGUCUCCAAAUGGCAGUUAUGUGGCUUACAUAUCCCGAUCGGGGGUGAAUUAUUCCCUUACAGUGAUGAUAAGGGAUGGAAUAUACUUCAUGCCAGUGUAUGAGAACAGACUGGACCAUUUAUGUUUAAGCUUUGUGGGGACAAGACAGUAUACUGAACAUGUGGAAUGUAAGUGGUCUCCAGAUAGUGUCCAUGUGGCUGUUGGUUCCACCAUGGGGCACUUGUUAGUUGUGCGGCGAGAGGGUCUGGAUUCCAUCUGUAAUGUGAUUCCUGGCAUGUUUGAACUGUAUUCCACCAGUGAGCAGGGGCCAACAGUAUUAGCAACUCCAAUGGGUUUUGACUUCGAUCCAAGAUACAAGUACAGCAUCCUUGUGUUUGUAGACAAGAAUAACACACUUUAUAUGCUCAACAUUGAGGAGAAGGAGGUCAUACAUCAGGUUGUAAUUGAUACAGUGGGUAGUGUCAAUUGCAUUCAGUAUGACAAUGAUGGACGAGUUCUUGCAGUUGCUACCUCAGAAGCUGUCUUAGAACUACGUUGCCCUGAUACGUUGGACAUCAUCUAUACAAUUGACAUGUCCGCCACUGUCCCCGGUGGAGGAGUUGAUCCCUCACCAGAUAUGCCAAUAGGUGGUGCUGAAAGUCCAAUGGAGCAACUCAAUGGAAACUUCCCUGCAGUGACACGGCUGUCAUUCAGUCAAUUUGGUGACUUCAUUGCAGUUUCUUCAAGCGAUGGAUACGCAAGGAUCUGGCAACUGAAAUCAGAUAUCAGUCUUCAAAAUAUUUGCCGGAAAACUAUUCUUGGAACUGUCAAGGCUAACAACAUUUGGCGACUUCCAUUGCCUCCAAGAAUUCUGAUGUAUCUCUUACAGUGGUCACGGGAAGUUCGCAUGGCAAAGAUGGACGAACUUGAGGGGCAGACAGAGAAAGUUCUCAGAGAAAUCAAGGACAUGGUGCUGUGAUAUUUCAAUAUUGGGCAUUUAAAGCUGAAGUGAAUAUAUUUUCAAAACUGUGUACUUUACAGCUGCCCAUUGUAAUGUAAAGUGUUGAUGCCUGUGUUAAUGUGCUCAUCUAGUUAAGCUCCUGAUGCUAAUCGAGGAGUGGUUGUGAAAUUCUUUUUGAAUGUGACUAGAAUCCUUCAAAGAUUAAAGCACAUAAUUAA